AUGUUAGGCGGGGUGUUAGAGAAAAUCCGACUUUUUGAGGCUGACAUUGAGCACCACAUUGACAACAUUGUGCAGCAGAAGCUCCUCGUAGAGAUCAGCAACAAACGUCACCAGAUCCUUCGUGAUCACUUUAUUACGCAGGAGGCGGAGGCGGUUCGUCCCAUUGCCGACAAAUUGCUUGACUUGUAUCUUGACCAGGACGAUAUUGUCGCCGUGCAGGAGGCCCCAUCCGAAGGCGAGGAUGUGUUGAGUGCCGCCCUCAAGGAGUUUGAGGCACAGAUUGCUGAUAUUCGUGAGUAUCACCGUACUUUUCGGGACCUGCCGCCGGUUAAGACGGACUUGGACCACCCCGAUGCAGCGGCAAUGGAUCAAUUGUUCUCUGUGGGAGAACGCUACGGCAGUUGCCUCGACUUGGAACCACACUACCACCGCUACAGCAACUUUAUGCUAACCACAAGCAAACGGGCUCAAGACGAGGCCAACGCUAUUGGGAUUGCGUGGGAGGGACGUGUGGAGUAUUUUGCGUUUAUUCCUGCCAUACCAAACAUUAUUCUAAACGGUAUUGAUGCACAUCGUAAGGUGUAUGGAUUUUCAAAGUACAAGGAGUUUGUUGAUGAGCUUUUAGCGUACUUAAUCAACUUUUAUGGUCGCGUCAAGGUGAUGGAGAAGGAUGUUUUACUUUUGUCUCUUGCUAGGUGUGACACGGACGCGGAGGAAUAUUGGUCAAAGCUAAUAGAGUAUAAGAAGGAGGUUGUGAGGAGUGUUGGCGGGAACAGUGUUGUGAGCUUCACAGAUAAGACUGCCUCGUCAUUGAUUAUACCACCUUCGCUCCGUAAAUAUACAAAAACGUUUGCACUCUGGCCCAUUACACACCUGGAGGUCAUGAUCGCGGAGGGAAAAGACGCCGCUCCCUCCUUGGCGGACGUCAAGGCGGUGAUUCAUACUGAAGGAAAAAUUGCCAGGUUGCUGCAGACACUCCUCUUUGAUACCCUGCAGGAGACAGAGAAGGUGCUUCUGCGUGACUUCAGCAAGACAGCGGAGGAGUUGGAGUGGGAACGCAAGCAUCAGCAGGAGGAAUUUCUGCAGUCCCUGGAAGAAGCAAGAAUGAAGAGCGCCACAACGGUGGAGGGUAGUGUUGCACAUGCCGCCCAGUAUGAUGUUAUGACUACAUUAAAUCCAACCGGCGAGUCGAAUCAGGCAAAUGAAACUGCCGCCGCUGUGGAUGAAAAUGGCGGGCAGUUACUGGAUCGAGAUGGAAAACCCGUCGCUCAGUGGCUUAUACACCUACAGCAACUCCACAAGAAGUUUUACUGUGAGGUUUGUGGGGGUACUGUGUACGUUGGACCAAAAGCUUUCAAGGAACAUUUUGGCGCAGAACGUCAUGCUGAGGGUCUCCGCCGGCUAGGGGUGACGGUGCAUUUAAAGGAGUACGCGGGAAUUUCAUCCAUUCGGAAGGUUAUUGAGAUGCGGGAUAAGGUGCUAAGCAACACCUCAGGACUCCGAAAGCGUCUUCACGAGGAGCAGGAGGGAGAGGAGAUGCAGGAUGCGCAGGGAAAUGUCAUUACAGCAGGGGCGUAUAAACGGUUCCAAAUAUCCCGGAAGGGCAUUUGA